UGCUCACUCACAGUGUCCAGUCUGGAGAUCGGUUGUAUAAGUGUCAUGGCUGUGCAAAAUCUUUUCCGUCUAUGUCUGCUCUCUCAGAUCAUGAGAGAUCUCAUGCAGGGCAAAGACGGUAUGAGUGCAGUGAUUGUGGGAAAUCUGUUACCAGUAGUUCUGGCCUCCGUUCUCACCAGAGAGUUCACACUGGAGAAAGGCCUUAUAAAUGCAAUGAAUGUGGGAAAUCUUUUGCUGGUAGUUCUUCACUACGUUAUCACCAGACAAUUCACAGUGGAAUUAGGCCUUAUGAGUGCAGUGAAUGUGGGAAAUCUUUUGCUGGUAGUUUUGUCUUACGUUAUCAUCAGAGAGUUCACACUGGUGAAAGGCCUUAUGCGUGCAGUGAAUGUGGCAAAUCCUUUAUCCGAAAAACUAGCCUCAGUGUACACAUAAAAGUUCACUCAGGUGAAAGGCCUUAUGAAUGUAGUGUAUGUGGGAAAAAUUUUACUGCUAGUUCUGCCCUCCUUCAUCAUCAGAGAGUUCAUACUGGAGAACGGCCAUUUGAGUGCCGUGAAUGUGGGAAAUCUUACACUGCUCGUUCUGCCCUCCGUUCUCACCAGAGACUUCACACAGGAGAAAGGCCUUAUGAGUGUCGUGAAUGUGGGAAAUCUUUUACUUUUAGUUCUGCCCUAUCUUCUCACCGGAGACUUCAUACUGGGCAAAGGCGUUAUGAGUGCUAUGAAUGUGGGAAAUCUUACACUGCUAGUUCUACCCUCCGUUCUCACCAGAGACUUCACACUGGAGAACGUCCUUACGAGUGCCGUGAAUGUGGGAAAUCUUUUACUAGUAGUUCUGCCCUCCGUUAUCACCAGAGACUUCACACUGGAGAACGUGACCGGCCUUAUGAGUGUAAUGAAUGUGGGAAAUCAUUUAUUGCUAGUUCUGCCCUCCGUCGUCACCAGAGAGUCCACACUGGAGAAAGGCCUUAUGAGUGCCAUGAAUGUGGGAAAUCAUUUACUGCUAGUUCUGCCCUCCGUUAUCACCAGAGACUUCAUACUGGACAAAAGCCUUAUGAGUGCCGUGUAUGUGGGAAAUCUUUUAUCACUAGUAAUCAACAUCGUGCUCACCAGAGUGUUCACAGUGGUGAGAGGCCUUAUGAGUGCAGUGAAUGUGGCAAAUCCUUUCCCCGAAAAGAUAGCCUCAGUGUACACAAAAAGGUUCACUCAGGUAAACGGCCUUAUGAGUGUAGUGAAUGUGGGAAAUCAUUUACUGCUAGUUCUGCCCUCCAUCGUCACCAGAGACGUCACACUGGAGAAAGGCCUUAGAGUGCCGUGAAUAUGGGAAAUCUUUUUAUGAGUCAUGAUGGUUUGAGACAUCAUUACAGCCUUCACACUGCAGAAGGAUCUAAAACAGCACAGGUGAUAGUUCUUGCUUGGUGGCGUUUAUGCUGGAGGACAACCUCUGAAUUGACUGUGGUUCCCCUGAAUGUCCCCAGUGCAGUGACUUCCCAUAAGAUCCAGCCAUUUUCAGAAAAAUUCGGAACCUGCAUAGUGCUUUCUGAUGUGGGUGCAGCCACCGCAAGAUGGAAGUCACUGGCAGUGUCUGUGGCAGUGUCUGGCACCUGGCAGUUCUCGGUGUGCAUACGUCACCACCCCAACAUGGUUAAUGAUGCCGAGCUGUUCACGUUCUCGACUGUUCAUCCAAAUUCUGGGUUCCUGGAACCCCUCGUUCCGUUCCCAGUUAGGGCAUGGAUGUGACCCGUGUUGAUCCACAGUGGGCGAUGUGAGUUCUGGGUGGUGACUCGCACAGGAAGGCUAAGUCCCACAGGGAUGUUGCUGGUCUGAUGCUUUGAUGACUAUUUGCAGCUUCCAGGUCACCACACAGGAAUUGUGUGCCCCAUGUUGCUCUGAUUAAUGUAUCAGUAAGUGCCAUGUUUGUUUAAUUACCUUUGAUCUUAGACAUUGUGUGCCCUCGAAGGGGUGGUUUGAAAGCAGCAUCGGGCUCUCCCACAUGAAGGAAUGAGCAGAUCGCAUUCCAUCCCAUACUUGCUGUGUCUCUGAGAGGAAAAUUGCUAAUAAAUACU